UCCCCGGUCAGGCCACGCCCCUUCGCCGCCGCGCGCGCCGCGGGGUGGUCCCGCGGGCCCCAUGUCACGUGACCUCCCGACCCCGGCGCGGCGGCGGCGGCGACCCCCGAGCCGCAGCACGGCCACCGCGAGGUGCCUGGCGUAGCUCCCCCUCCUUCUCGCUCAAGGCCUCGGCGUGACCGCCGCCGCGAUUGCUCCGUGCCCUGUUGACCCCCCAGCGCCAGAUAUCCUGGCGAAGCCCUGCCGUCUCUCGAGGGGUCCCGGAUGGCUCUGUCUGUCCCCCGGAGCGGGAUGAGGUGCGGGAAACCGCCGGAGUCCCACGCCUGGAGCCGGGUGGGCGCGUGGCCCCUGUGUUGGCGGCUCCCCAGGUUUGUCCUGGUGUGUCGCAACCAGGGGAUAUCGAAACCAUUGUCAUCCGCCAGGACAUCCUGGCCUGAAAUCUCUGAGAUUAGAUGGGCUAUUGAGAAGAAAUUGUUCCCUGUGAGGGUGGUGAGGCCCUGGCAUAGGUUGCCCAGAGAAGCUGGCUGCCCCAUCCCUGAAUGUGUGCAAGGCCAGGCUGGAUGGGGCUUGGACCAGCCUGGUGGAAUGGAAGGAGUCCCUGCCCAUGGCAGGAGGAGGGAUGAGACGAGCUUUCAGGUUCCUUCGUACCUGAACCAUUCCAUGAUUCUGAGAGUGGCCUUCCCAGCAGAUUGUAGACCUCAGGCUUGCAGGAAUGAUCUCCAGCCGCACACCAAAAACACCUCUGUGCCUCGUGCGCAACCAUGGGCACAUCCCCUGGGAGUGCAGCUUCUCCGGGGCUCCCUGUCAGGUCCUCCUGCAUUAGCAGCACACCUUGACACCGGCUUCUACUGCAAAGGAUCACCCACAGGCAUGUUCUGGUAGUGAGAGAUCAGAGCAUGCCAUGGGUGGACCAGAGCAUUCCAGCAGUGGCUGAAGGCACUGCUGGUCAGGACCAGCAGGAGAAGCUCUGUGUUGAAAACACUCUUGCCAAAACCCACCGAUGUGGAUCUGUUCCUUGGUGACAAAUUGGGGGUUCAGAGCUGGAGAGAGCUGCUGGCUCGGGAAGUUAUGAGUGGGAUGACACUGGGGGGAUCUGCCUCUGGGAUCUGUUCCCAGCUCUUGUGAUCCACAGGGAGGAGAAAACCGUGCCAGGUUCAUGUGAGAGAUGGCGAAUGCCGAGGUGAGCGUCCCUGUGGGUGACGUGGUGGUUGUACCAAGUGACGGGAAUGAAGGGGAGAACCCAGAGGAUACCAAAACCCAAGUGAUCUUGCAGCUCCAGCCGGUGCAGCAAGGGAUUUACCAAGAGGGCUCCGAGGCCAGCGCUGCUGUGGUGGCCGUGGAAACCCACACCAUCCACAAGCUGGAAGAAGGGAUUGACCCCAGCACCCUUGAAACAAGUGAGGAAAUCGAGAUCGCCUAUCCCAUCACCUGUGGGGAGAGCAAAGCCAUCCUUCUCUGGAAGAAGUUUGUUUGUCCAGGAAUUAAUGUCAAGUGUGUGAAGUUCAACGACCAACUGAUUAGCCCAAAGCACUUUGUUCAUCUGGCUGGGAAGUCUACCCUGAAGGACUGGAAGAGAGCCAUUCGCCUCGGAGGAAUCAUGCUAAGGAAGAUGAUGGAUUCAGGGCAGAUUGACUUCUACCAACACGACAAAGUUUGCACCAACACCUGUCGAAGCACCAAGUUUGAUCUCCUGAUCAGCAGUGCCAGAGCACCAGUGCCAGGGCAGCAGAGUGUAGUGCAGACUCCAACCUCAGCUGAUGGGAGCAUCACCCAGAUUGCACUGUCGGAGGAGAGCAUGGAGGAGGGGAUAGAGUGGAACUCGGCUCUGACAGCUGCUGUCACCAUGGCCACUGAGGAAGGUAUGAAAAAGGACACGGAUGAGAUUUCAGAGGACACACUGAUGUUCUGGAAAGGAAUAGCUGAUGUGGGGCUGUUGGAAGAGGUGGUGUGCAACAUCCAAAAGGAAAUAGAAGAAGUUCUAAGAGGUGUGCAGCAGCGGUUGGGUCAGUCUCCCUUCCUGAUGACAGAUGCUGCAGUCCUGAACAAUGUCGCCCAUACAUUUGGCUUAAUGGACACAGUCAAGAAGGUACUGGACAACAGGAAAAACCAGACAGAGCAAGGAGAGGAACAGUUUCUUUACACACUGGCAGACCUGGAGCGGCAGCUGGAAGAACAGAAGAAACUUGCCAGGGACCAGAAGUCCAAGUCCCAAACCAUCCAGAAUGUGGUGCUCAUGCCCAUGAGCACUCCCAAGCCUCCCAAGAGACCCCGUCUACAGCGCCCAGCCUCCGCUACCAUCCUCAGCCCCUCCACCCCCAUCCAGCAGCCUCAGUUCACUGUCAUCUCCCCCAUCGCCAUCGCGCCCGUUGGACAACAGUUCUCUGUGGGCAACAUCCCAGUGGCAACCCUCAGCCAAGGCUCCAGUCCGGUGACUGUUCAUACCUUGCCAUCUGGCUCCCAGCUCUUCCGGUACGCCACCGUGGUUUCAUCCUCCAAGAGCAGCUCCUCGGACACCGUCACCCUGCACCCGUCCUCCAGCCUGGCACUGCUGAGCUCAGCAGCCAUGCAGGACACCGGGGCCCUGGCCAACGUGGCGACCGUGGUCAACCCCGUCGAACUGGUGGCCAUGGAGUCUGGCAUCACUUCCACCAUCCAAGCUGUGGAAGGUACCUCGGAUGAUGGGCAGACCAUCAUAGAGAUCGACCCGGCGCCAGAUCCUGAGGCGGACACAGAGGAAUCAGAGGGCAAAGCUGUGAUCCUGGAGACAGAGCUGAGGACUGAAGAGAAAGUGGUGGGAGAUGUGGAAGACCAUCAGCACCAGGUCCAUAAUGUGGAGAUUGUGGUCUUGGAAGACUAGUGGGGAAGGCAAGCAUCAGUUAGGGGAAGAGUUGGGAAUUCCUUUUAUUUCAGGCUUUUUUGUUAAGCAUCUUUUCCAGCCACCCCAUUCGUUACCAUGGAUAUUUUCAUUGUACUGUAUAUUUUUUAUAUAUAUAUAUAUGUAAAGGUUUUUUUUCUUUUUCAAACAAAGCUGGAGAGACUCGUGAGACAUGGAUAAGGCUCCAUCUCUGUGGAGCACUGAACAAUACCACCAGGGUCAAGGAGAGACUGGAUCUCUGUUGGACAGCCCAACCAGGAGGAACUAGCCAUGCCUCGGUGCUUCUGCUCCAGGGCUGCCCUGGCCCGGAGACUUUAAUUUGAGAGACAGUAACACUUGAGUGUGGAUGUGCUUUGAGAAGGGGUGACAGAUUUGGGGUGGAACAGGUACUUCAUUUGUAUUUUUCCCCAGGGAAAGGGAAUUCUGUCGGACCCUUCACUGUCACCUCAAAUGGGAUUUUUCAUUAUUUUUCUUGAUUUGAGGAGGUUGACAGUACAAUGAAUUUACUGUCCAUGUUCUCCUCCUCCACACAAAUUGUUUUUAUAUCUCUAUUUUUUUGUAUUUGUUUGCUCUCUCCCUUCCCUUGUCCAGAUUUCCCAGCUGCAAAGCCCUGGGACCUUCUUUCAGGGUCCCUGUCUCCCAGUCCCUCCUCUUCCCAUGGCACUUUUCCCUCAUCCCUUUCCCUGCCUGGCAAGGCUCGGUGCUGCAAACACCACUUGAAGACUCCGAGAUCACUUCAGCCUUUUGUAUAAGGCAAAAAAUAUCAACUCAAGCUCAAACCCAGAUCCUCGCCCUUGGCUGCUCAGCACCGCAGGGACCUUUAAGGGUGUACAAAGCAUGUUGUGCUGUUGCUUUCUGGGUGAGCCAGAUUUCGGAUCAGGACAGCUUCUGUUUACUCUGUGUGCUGAGGCUGCUCUGUGCUUGUCGCUUCUUGUUUGGUGGUUUUAUUUUUGUAUUAUUUUUUCUUCUUUCUUCCUUAACAGGGUUAGAAUUGGGACAUUGCUGAAAUAUGGUGCACCCUUCUGUUUUCCCACUUUCCCUCUUUUUUUUUUGGUGGUUGGAGGUCCAUUUGGGAAAAUGGAGGGGGAAAGCACUGGGUGACUUCAGAGGUGCAGAGGUUUGGGAGGGUGGGAGCUGCCUGGCUGGAAAUAAUUAAAUAAAGGAAACACACCUGGGGAGG